UACAGGCAAGAAUCCAUCUCUCCGUAAUGACACCAGGUGGUGGAAAAUGACGAUAUUUCACCUUUUUAUUUUUGGUUGCUCUGGAGUAGUUAUUACAACCAAAACUCACCCAUCCGGACACGGUGAAAUCAAACUAAUUCGCUUAUGCGCGCCACUCACUUCCCCAUGGAUAUAACCUGCCACCCAUAUGAUGCCAUGAGCAAACCGGGCGAAUUUUCGACGCGAACUCGGCACACCAUGCAUGUACACUUACGACGUGAAAACAAGCCUUUAUAGUUUGUUGACCAACCCUGAGAGUGCAACACUGAAGCAAUGAACAUAAUACUGGUAGCGAAAUUUGCCAAAUAGUUAUAGUAACCCUACAUUCUUUCGUAAGUGAUAGUAAAUGUGGUAGCCACCAAUCUCGAGGAUAUUUCAAAAAAUUGUCAAUUUCUUGCUAACACGAUUCUGUUAAUAAUGGACAAUAUCAAUAUUCUAGCGGAAAGUGUAAUCAAAAUAGAGCAGAUUAAAGAGGAAUCGUGUGAUUAUCAAGAAGAGAGUAUCUGGAAAUGCACUGAAGAUCAAAACAGUCCAGGGCAUCGUUUGGUGAAGGUAGAAAACAAUACGGAAGAUGAGGAGUUGGAGCCCCCAACGGCAGUGUUCAUUGAGCCAAAUAAGUGCGAGAGAGAUUUUUUUCAGGGAGAGGAGGAUCCUCUUGCUCCAUGCCCUGAAGGCGUCCCAACUUCAAUGAACGAGGAGAAUGGAUUAUGUUUCUCAGACGGAGGAGACUCCAGCUCUCAGGAGAAAACAUUUUUGUGUUUUUUCUGUGAAAAGAGCUUCGGGAAAGAAGAAUACAUCAAAAAGCAUAUGCUCAUCCACACUGGAGAAAAACGUUUCCAAUGUUCCAUCUGUGAGAAGGGCUUUAGUGUAAAAGGAUCGUUAAAUAGCCACAUGAAAAUUCACUUUAGAAGAAUACUUUUUCAGUGUUCCGUGUGUGGAAAGAACUUCACUACAAAAAAAUAUUUGAAAGCUCACAUGAAUAUACAUACCGGUGAUUAUCCUUUCCAGUGUUCCUUAUGCAAGAAAAGAUUUGGAACCAAGCAAAUUGCAGAAAGACACAUGCUCAUUCACACUGGCAAAAAACCUUUUCAAUGUACCAUAUGUGCAAAGUGCUUCAGUUUGAAGGGGAACUUGAAAACCCACAUGCGUAUCCACACUGGCGAGAGACCUUUUCAGUGUUCCAUUUGUGAGAAGAACUUCACUGAAAAGAGUACUUUAUUGACACACUCAAGAAUACAUAGCGGUGACAAGCCAUUUCAAUGUAUUUUCUGUGAAAAAGGCUAUAGAUUAAAAUCACUCCUAGAAACACAUAUGUUCAUCCACUCUGGUGAGCACGCUUUUCAAUGUUCGGAAUGUAAGAAGGGCUUUGAAACCGAAAUAAAAUUAGACCAACAUAUACGUUCCCACACUGACAAGAAACCUUUUGAAUGUUCGGUAUGUGAGAAAGGCUUUAGAUUAAAAUCGCUCUUUGACGCGCAUAUGUUCUUCCACACUGGCGAGAAAGCUUUUCAAUGUUCGAUAUGCAAGAAGGGCUUUGAAUCGAAAAUAAAAUUAGAUCGACACAUACGUUCCCACAUUGGAGAUAAACCGUUUCAGUGUUCAAUCUGUGAGAAGAGCUUC